AUGGCUGGUGUAGGUCCUAUUGUUAGGUGGAGGAAAGUUUCGGCGGCCACUGGGAAUGUCCCCAGAUCAAGACACGGACACAAAGCUGUGGCUAUCAAGGACUUGAUCGUUGUUUUCGGUGGUGGGAAUGAGGGAAUAGUGGACGAACUUCACGUUUUCAAUACGACAACCUGCCAAUGGUUUCUUCCCGCUGUACAUGGAGAUAUUCCUCCAGGAUGUGCAGCUUUCGGAAUGCUGGCAGAAAACACUCGUGUGCUCAUGUUUGGUGGCAUGCUUGAGUAUGGCAAAUAUUCAGGCGACUUAUACGAACUACAAGCCUCUCGUUGGGAAUGGAAACGUCUAAAGCCUAAGCCUGCUAGAAAUGGCCCCUGUCCAUGUCCAAGGAUCGGUCAUAGUUUUACUCUUGUUGGUCAGCGAGCAUUUUUAUUUGGUGGGAUAACAAAUGACAGCGAUGACCCUAAAAACAAUAUACCAAGAUACUUAAACGAUCUGUACACUCUGGAAUUAAAACCCAAUUCAAGUACUAUGUGUUGGGAUAUUCCAAACACAUAUGGUCAGCCACCUACACCUAGAGAAUCUCACAGUGCAGUAGCUUAUCAGGUCCUUGAUGGAAUGAUAAAGAAAUGGCGUCUUUUGGUAUAUGGUGGCAUGUCCGGUAACCGACUUGGGGAUCUUUGGCAAUUAGAAAUUGAUACCAUGACAUGGAUCAAACCUAUCGUUAGUGGAGAUCUACCGGCCCCACGCAGUCUUCACAGUGCAACUGUAAUCGGAAACCGCAUGUUUGUCUUCGGUGGAUGGGUUCCUUUGGUCAUGGAAGAAAUUAAAAUGACAGCUCAAGAAAAAGAAUGGAAGUGUACGAAUACUUUGGCUAGUCUCAAUCUUGACACAAUGGUUUGGGAACCAUUGACAAUGGAAGUCGCUGACGAAUGUCUUCUACCUCGAGCCCGUGCUGGACAUUGUGCUGUAGCUGUUCACAGUCGUUUGUACAUUUGGUCUGGUCGUGAUGGAUAUAGAAAAGCAUGGAAUAAUCAGGUUUGCUUCAAAGAUUUAUGGUUUUUGGAAACUGACCGUCCUGCUGCUCCAACAAGAGUUCAGUUAGUUCGUGCUGGCACACAAAGCCUCGAAGUAACAUGGGGUUCUGUACCUACUGCAGAUGCUUAUAUUUUACAAAUUCAAAAGUAUGAUGUUUCUCCUUCCACACAUUCCCUGACAUCUUCACCAGUAGAUACAAGUGGAAUUGUUAAAGCUCCAUUAACUGCAUCUGCGGGUUCUCUGAACUUUUCAAGAGCUGGUGCUAUUUCACAGGCCCUCAUUACCACACCAGCUCCUGCUAAUUCUGUUCCGAUACCAACCCCUAUCAGAUUACCUACUACUACUGCCGCUGUUGGUUCAAUAAUACCAAACUCAUGCGUCACUAUGGCUGGACAGAGAGGACCUACUGUAGUUACACCGACAGGUUUAAAGAUCACACCUGUGCCAGGCAGUGCUGUUACAGGACGGACGGCAACUAUCGCAACUGUAGCACAACAUUCCAGUGCAGUUAAUCCAUGUGGUCCGACGAUCAUUCGAAGUUCAUGUCCUCCGAUCGCUCCGAAGCAACACCUUAUUACUGUUAGUGGCAAGCAGGUGGUUUCUGCAGUUUCUGUCGCGAAUAACUCCGGUGUAGCUAAUUCGAAUCCAAAUCAAGUAGUACACAUUGUAAACAAGUCAACAGGUUUAAUCAAACCUAUUAAACUAGUUUCGACCACAACUUCAUCUUCAACUGCUUCCAAAACUAUCACUGUACAGCAAGCAUCAGUUGGAACUGGCGUUUCAGUUCCUAAAGUAAUCAAAGCUAUUCCUGCAACGAUGCUUCAGAUGUCUGCGUCUGGUAAGCCUAUUUUAAUUGCUGGUGGUGGUGUAUGCCGUCCGGGCCAGACAACCGUUCAAGUUUCAGGUUCUGUACACAGACCAGCUGGACAGCAAAUAGUUAUCAUGAGUCCAACAAUAUCCUCAUCAACUGCCGUGCCUGCAUCAUCAAAUUUGUACUUAUCUUCUGGAGGUGCUACCAGCCAAAUAAUACGACAGGGAAAUCAAACACAGGUAACCUUAGUCCGACGGGAUCAAUAUGAUUCAACACAUGGUAAUGCGAAUGAUCCAAGUAAUACUACGUCAUCGAUUCUCCAAACUAUUCCACAAUUGGAUGGUGCUGUUGAUGAUGACGAUGAUGAUGUUGAUGAGGACGGUGGUAGUGCUAAAACCGAUGCUUCAUCAGCUAUCCUUUUGGAGUCUAAUUUAGGCAAAGAAAAGUUACAUAUGAAAGGAAAUGUGGAUAUUCUACAAACUGGCAGUCAACAUUCGCCAGCAUAUACAACAGAUGCAAAUUCUGAUUUACAUACGUCAUUAGCCGUGGAAGCUGCUGCUGAACUACUUGCAGACAUUGGUGAUGACAAUACAUCAGCGUAUUCAGACCAAAAUUCAGCGAGCGUUUCGAAAGAAACUGAUCAGGCAGUCAGAAAUUUGAUUGAUAUCAAGCCUAAUGUAUUAUCCGAAAAUGUCUCUUCUAAUACUGAUCAUGGAAAAGAUUUCAGAGGAAAUUCAGGAUCUUAUGAAGAUCCAGUACAUGCUAAAGAUGGGAAGGAAGGAAAUGGUAGUUCUCUUACUGAUCCUUUGGAAACAUUAGCGUUAGUUGCUGCUCGCCGAAGUGGAAGUGGUGAUGAUCACGAAAAUGAUUCAGUCAUCUCACAUUCUACAGUUUAUUCCAAUUCUGAUUCACAUGUUAUUUGUAAUUCAAAUUCUGGUCGAUUAGUUGCUGUUUCUCUCCCUUAUUCUCGCCUGUCACCAUUAUCUUCCACUUUAGGAGGGGGACAAGUUUCUCGUUCUGUGACAGGUUUGGUCGCGAAUUCCCAUUCAAUCGUAACAACAUCUACCAAUUGUUCUUUAAUAAGUUCUUCGACUACUGUAACACCUGGUACAUUGAUUAGUCGAGGCGACAAUUCUUGGCAUGACGUUGGUGUUAUUAAGUCGACAAAUUAUACUGUAACAAUGUAUUCAGCCUGUACAAAUGAUGCUGGUGUACAUAUGGAAGCUAUCACCGCAUUACAGGGUCCCAAUGGGAUUGGACCGAAUGGACUAACUACACAGGGUCCUAAAUUCCAACUCGCUCCUGGAACAGCCUACAAAUUCCGUGUUGCAGGCCUCAAUGCUUGUGGUCGAGGUCCUUGGUCGGAGAUAAGCGCAUUCAAAACCUGUUUACCAGGUUACCCAGGGGCUCCCAGUGCUAUAAAAAUAACUAAAUCGGACAGUGGUGCACAUUUAACGUGGGAAGCGCCUCAGAACACGGCGGGAAAGAUUACAGAGUAUUCUGUCUAUUUAGCUGUCAAGUCUCAGACUGCAGGACAAGAUUCUACAGAGAGCAAGGUCGGUUCUACACCAUCUGGUAUGGCAUUCGUUCGUGUAUAUUGUGGUCAAUCACCCUCAGCAACUGUUACUUCUGCAACAUUGGCUACUGCUCAUUUAGAUCUUAGUUCAAAACCUGCUGUGAUCUUUCGGAUUGCUGCUCGCAAUGAAAAAGGAUAUGGACCGGCGACACAAGUUCGUUGGCUUCAAGAUGUAUCUAAUACACCUUCCUCUGUUGUUGGAAUAAGUCCUCAACCCAUCAAUUUCCAAGCAACAAAUGCCUCACAGCCGGUUACCAAGCGUGCUCUGAGUUUAGGAACAUCACAAGAAGGAGCUUUUACUACACCAGUCAAGCGAUUAAAAUCAGAUGAUCAAUUAUAG